AAACACCCCACAGCAUGCCUCCUCUCCUCUCCCUGUUUAAAUAUAUAAAUUCUUGCAAAACUCUUCACAGAAAAACACCCCCCUCAGUUUGUCGCGUUUAUUCGCUUUAAACGGAACUCUAAUGACAUCACAUUGCUGCAAUGCUGCGCUGUCCAUGAAAGGUGUCAGUCGUUUCCUGUGAUAACCGAGGAAGUGUCCACUGGCCGCUCCAGACAUCAUCAUGGCGUGACGGCGGGUAUAUUCCUCAAUAUACCGGGCUCGUAUUUGUGCAGGUGGACGUUUGCAUUAUCAGACAGCGGCUCCCAAUUUCUGUUUGUUUGUUUUCCCUGGGAUACAGAAGAUUUUCCUGACGCAUCCCGCCCCGAGAAAUCGAAGGAGAAGCGGACGGAGGAAGUCGUGUAUGAAAGCUAAUUGCUCGCAUGACUGCGCAUACUAUAAGAGGAGACUGCGUGUGUGUGUGUAGGUGUGUGUGUGUUGGCAUGGGUGGGAUUCCUUCAUCGCCCCUCAGACAGUAGGAACUUAUGACAACCAAUGGCUCAGGAGAUGAACUGAAGCAGGAGCGUUUGUUUGCAGGGUUGCGAUCUGAAUCAGAACACCAGUGUUUACGGAUAGUUUUCUUCUAGACUCCAAUUUGACGCCAACGUCGUUCUGUUUUUUCAGGAAAGUCUAACUAUCGCUUCGAGAAGAGCUGCGGUUCUCCAUCCGAACAACAUCUCCUCUCUCUCUCUUUCUCUGCUUACUGCAAUACAUACGAGGUGUGAGAUUUAUAGAGAAUGUAACCCUUCUUGCUCUAUUUCUGGGAAUAUUUUGCCCUAUAAAACAAUACGGGAGACUUAUUGGUGCCACCAGCUCCGACGCAAACCUCGGACUAUCCCGAGCUUUUUUCUCUUUGGAUUUGGCGGAUUUCAGCUGUGCAUCUUCAGGAUUUAAGCCUCAAUCGGUAUCCUAGUGGGAUUUUAGGUGGGAUUUUUUCAUCUCGACACAGACUGCUCUGAAGUGAACACAGUUGAGGGGCAUCCACCACUGGCCAGUGUCCGGGAGUUUUUUCACGAGCUUUGAAGGCCUCGGCUAUGCCCUGAUUCUCUGACAGCUGCCUAACCAGAAUGCUGAUGCUAACCCUGUGAUGGAGACCAGGGCUUGAUAUUUGAAACAGAUGCAGACUAGAAGAUACAGGUUUCCUUGAUUUAUUAUGGGCACAACCUCAAAGAGCAACCCCUAACCCUAAACCCAUCUUGAACCCUUCAGAUGUUGACAAAUCCCAGUGCCUGAAAAAUAAUCACCAAUGGACCGGCUGGUUCUGUGCGUGCUGCUGUGUGCAGCUCUGGUGAAAGGCUACAGCUGCCCCGGCCGGUGCAUCUGCCAGCACCUCUCGCCCACUCUGACCUUGCUUUGUGCAAAAACAGGGUUGCUAUUCGUGCCCCCCACCAUUGACCGCAAGACAGUGGAGCUGCGACUUACAGACAACUUUAUCACCAUCAUCCGCAAGAAGGACUUUCUCAACAUGACCAGCUUGGUCCACCUCACCCUAUCCCGAAACACGAUCAGCCAGAUCGUCCCCCAUGCCUUUCUAAGCCUGCGCUCACUGAGGGCUCUCCACAUGGAUGGGAAUCGACUCAGCAUCAUAAAGAGCGAUCACUUCAAGGGCCUCAGCAACCUGCGGCACCUCAUUCUGGGAAACAACCAGAUCCACCAAGUGGCCCCAACUUCCUUUGACGUGUUUGUCUUCACUAUUGAGGACUUGGAUCUUUCCAACAACAACCUGCGCAGCCUUCCAUGGGAAGCCAUAGCCAGAAUGACCAAUAUUAACACACUCACCUUGGACCACAACCUAAUUGAUCACAUUGAAGCAGGAACUUUCACUCUGCUAACUAAACUGGUCCGCCUGGACAUGACCUCUAAUCGUUUACAGAAGCUUCCGCCAGACAGCCUGUUCCAGCAUGCUCAGGUCUUGUCCGAUGCUAAGGGCUCCAGCUCAUCCACCCUGGCUGUUAGCUUUGGCGGGAAUCCUCUUCACUGCAACUGCGAGCUGCUGUGGCUGCGUCGGCUAACUCGGGAGGACGACUUGGAGACCUGUGCCUCGCCGGAACACCUCUUGGACAAAUAUUUCUGGUCUAUACAAGAGGAGGAGUUUAUCUGCGAGCCCCCGCUGAUCACCAAAUAUUACGCCUCUAAGCCCUAUGUCAUGGAGGGGCAAGGUGUAACUUUAAAGUGCAAAGCCAUGGGGGAUCCAGACCCAGACAUUCACUGGAGGUCACCAGAUGGCAAGCUGGUGCAUAACAACUCUCGCACCAUCCUGUAUGAUAACGGCACCCUUGAUAUUCUCAUCACUACGCUGAAGGACAGCGGGUCAUUUAACUGCGUGGCUUCCAAUGCUGCAGGUAUCGCCACAGCUGCUGUCGAGAUCAGCAUGAUCCCCUUACCCUUGUUCGUUAACAACACAGGCCACAUGCGUGAGGACCCCGGCCUUUCUGACAUCACCACCUCCUCUAAAGCCGGCAACGACACAAAAGGCUACGACAAGCAUGACAGGAGGGUGCUGGUCACGGAGCUGACCUCUUCCUCCGCCGUGAUCCGCUGGCCAUCUGAACGCCACAUCCCCGGUAUCAGAAUGUACCAGAUUCAGUACAACAGCACAACAGAUGACACUUUGGUGUACAGAAUGAUUCCGUCUACUAGCAAGAGCUUUCUCAUCAAUGAUCUGGCUGGAGGACGGGAGUACGACCUUUGCGUGCUGGCCGUGUACGACGACGGCAUCACGUCGCUCACAGCCACACGUGUAGUCGGCUGUGUGCAGUUCCACACAGCCAGCGAAGUCAGCCAGUGCCGGUUCAUGCACAGCCAGUUCCUGGGAGGCACCAUGAUCAUCAUUAUCGGCGGCAUCAUCGUUGCUUCGGUGCUGGUGUUCAUCAUCAUCCUGAUGAUCCGCUACAAGGCCUAUAGCAGCCCUGUCGACAGCAAGGCUAAGGUCAGUUCCACCAUGCACUCGCAAACCAAUGGCAGUCAGCAGCGGCUGCAGCGCUCGGCUUCCAGGCAGCCAUCUGACGAGGGUGAAGCUCAAGCACCCAAAGAGUGCAUGGCUCUGGUACUCAGGGUGGACAGUGAGAAGAAGGAGGACCCUGCCGCCACUACCUCUAUCCUCGAAGUGGAAUUGCCUCCAAAUGUGGACAAGAUUAAGAGAAGGAGCAGCAUGGAUGCUCAGCGCUCCGGACCACCAUCAGAGGACACGCAGACAGACAGCAGCCUGACAGGCUCCACCAUGUCCCUCUGUCUCAUAGGCUCCAACGCCGGCACUAAGGAGGCUCCCAGGCUUAAGGACAAGAAAAGCGCCCUGGCCAGCGUGGGAUUACUCCCCAACGAGCUGGCACGAACUAGGCACAGAUUCUCUUUUGACGGUGGGGAUUAUUCCAUAUUUCAGAGUCAUAGUUACCCGCGCAGAGCGAGGACGAGGUGGCACAGGUCCACCAACCAGCUUAACAUGGAAUCAUCGCCACUUGCCAACAGGAGAGUUACAUUUAGCAGCACUGAGUGGAUGCUGGAGAGCACUGUCUGAGGAAAGCAGUGUAGCAAAAAAAAAAGUUUAAAAAGAAACAAACGCAUAUCUAAAACCACAAAACGUCUACAUGCCAUACAGCACAAUGAUAAAAAACAAGCACAUUUACAUACUCAUGCUGACUUCCUGUGAGUUGCUGGAGAAGAACAGCCUCCUGUCACCCUGAUUCCCCAUCGUUCUCCCAGAGCAGUUUAUUUAGGCCAUGUCUCUUCUUUUUUGCAGCGGUGCCUUAUUCUUUAAAUGUAUGAAUGGAGGAUGCUGCUCACUGUAGUCAAGCCUUCCUCUCCGUUAUCGCCUCCCACUCUGAUGGCGGUGGGAAGUGUUGUUUUGGCUUUUUGGUUUUCACUGUUUUCUGUGGCACACCAAGGGGGGUGUGGCAUUUGGAUGUGACUGUUUUAUUGUUAAAAAAAGCAUAAUAAGAAAAAACUACAAAAAAAAAAAAAGCUUCAUCAAGCAGUAACUUGUAAAGUGAACAGCCAGGUACCCUGUUAUGUCAAUCAUGUUUUGGGUUUUUUCAAUGAAAAAAAAAACAAAAACUUUUGCACAGAAGACACGAGAUACGAGGACAAGUAUCAACACCAGUCUAUACAAUAUUAUUAAGAAAAAGCUGAGUUUUUGACUGCUCAUUUCUAAUUUAGUGGAUAAAAAGAGUGGAUGUGAAAACCUGCCAUGGACGGUCAGACUGUGUGAUGUUGAAUAGGUAUUGUUCCAGACGUGACUGUAUAUUCAUCGGGUACUGUAUCUGGCUGGUCUAGAUAAGAGGCGGCAAACAAAAAAAAAAAAAAGACAUAUAUAAGUAUAUUAAAACAUUGGUGUAUGUGUACUAACUAUGUAAAGUAAAUAAGUCAUAUGUCACAUGACUUUUUACAUUGCAUUUUGGUGUUGGCUGCGAGUUUUUACAUUAAAAACCUGUCAUCACUCCUCUUAAUAUUUAGUAUGUCCAAGUUUGAACCAUUUAUCCCCUCAUGAAGGGUAUUAAAUUUUUUGUGUGGGUUAACUGUA